UGUAAAUGAAAAUUGUAUACACAAGUAUACUGUGGAAUAUAUAAAUUUUGUAUUUUAAUUAAUUUAAGUAGUAAAUACGAGAUUAAGAGCUAUGAACAAGAGGUUGCUGUAUAGUUUAGUAUUAAGUGGUGCCAUUCGCUAUUUUAUAUCAAUAUCUAAGUAUUCAAAAUCGAUAGAAAAUCAUGUUGAAGUUUCGACACCUUUAAAUUCCUUUAAAAGAUUGAAAGAGGGUGUAUUCUUGUAUAACAAUGGAAUCGAUCCAUAUAUUGGGGAUAUUUUUCAUGAGAAUCCUUUCAUAUUAAUAACUGCAAGUUUCUUGUUAAACAAUUUCGCUGACUUUAUAUCCUUAAUUUUCAUAUUUGUGGAUCUUGUAACAGCGGUUUUCAUAUUUUAUGGAACUAAAGGCAUCAGCAAAAAGAAUUUUAAGAAACAACAACUUGAAGUGUCAACUUACGCUGAAGGAACUGAAGAAAUCCAAUUUAAUGAGAGUGAUAUAAAUAAUGUACCAUUUUAUUGUGCAUUAGCUUAUUUAUUUAAUCCAUAUUCAAUACUUAACUGUGUUGGACAAACGACAACAGUUUGGAGCAACCUAAUUCUAUCGUUGAUGGUUUAUGCUUUAUCAAAAGAACUGAAAUUGUUAUGUUUAAUCUUAUUGGCACUUGAGACUCAAAGAAAUUUCUAUCCAUUCAUUCUGAUUGUGCCUAUCGCACUAGCAUUUAGUGAAAAUUCAAAGUCAAAGAACAUAAAUCGAUUAAUGACAAUUUUGCUGUUUGCCGGCAUUUUUGGAGGACUGAAUUACUUAGCAUUUAUUCAAAUGAGCAGUUGGAAAUUCAUUGAUUCAACAUAUGGAUUCAUUAUUCACUGCCGUGAUCUUACACCAAAUAUUGGAUUAUUUUGGUACUUUUUCACUGAAAUGUUUGAUCACUUCCGGCAACUUUUUCUCUAUACAUUCCAAUUGAACACAACAAUUCUAUACUUAUUCCCACUUACAUUGACUUUCAAGGAAAGUCCAGAAUUCUUGCUGACAAUUCUUCUAUCAUUAAUUACUAUAUUUUCAUCAUAUCCUUGCAUUGGAGCUAUUGCUUUUUACAUGUCACUAAUUCCUUUAUGGAAACGAGUUUCACCAUUUAUGUCUCACAACUUUAUUGUAAUGACAACAUUCUUAGUGACGUCAAUUCUAGGACCAACAGUUUAUCACUUGUGGAUGUACGCUAACUCAGCAAAUGCCAACUUUUAUUUUGGAGUCACGCUUGUCUUUAGUACAAGUCAAAUAUUUCUAUUGACUGACUUAUGCUUUGCUUAUUUAAAGAGAAAGUUCUGUUUGAGCCAUGGAGUAUCGUUUGACAAAACAAUGAAGCUAUCACUGGAAUAAAGGAACAAAAUACUAUUGAAUUUUUUGUGCCAAAGAAUUGUUUGAAGGAAUUUAAAAAUACAAAUAAAUUGCAAGAGUUCUCAAUUUUUCAAAUGAAUUUUAAAUCAUAUUCAAAUUUGUUCAAAGUUGAUUUUCAAGAUAUCCAAGUCAUUUCUGU